AGCGGGCAUUUGUAAAGCAGUGAGGACUGUGUAUUCUGCAGGGUGACUGGAUUAGAAAGGGCAUUUGAUUGCUACAACUGUGCAUACUUACUUACUUACUUUUACUAAUUUAUAUAGUUAUAAGUUCACCCAUUUGUUCAGCUUAACAAUAGUGCUGCUUAACUUAAUAACGGGGAGUGGCAAAGGAAAUUGAAAAGCUGUAUGCGGCUGUACCUCAACUUCGCAAUAUUUUCUACAUUAAAAGCAAAAUUGGGGAAGGUACAUUUAGUUCUGUGUAUUUGGCCAUUGGAAGGCUGAGGUCUGGAGAAGAUGUAACGUUUGCUUUAAAACAUUUAAUCCCCACAAGUCAUCCAACUCGAAUUGCAGCAGAACUCCAGUGCCUUUCAGUAGCUGGCGGUGAAGACAAUGUAAUGGGAGUUAAGUACUGCUUUAGAAAUAAAGAUCACGUGGUUAUUGUAAUGCCUUAUUUAGAACAUGAAUGUUUUGCGGAUAUUUUGCAUUCACUCAGCUUGGAGGAAACUAAAGAAUAUAUGUUUAAUCUCUUGAAAGCUCUUAGACGUAUACACAGUUUUGGUAUAGUCCAUCGAGAUGUUAAACCAAGCAAUUUUCUGUACAACAGAUCUCUUAAAAAGUUUGCAUUAGUAGACUUUGGCUUGGCUCAAGGAACACCAGACACAAAAAUUGAUCUUCUGAAAGUUUUGCAGCCCAAAAAACAGGGAAGUUGCUCACAAAAUCAUCCGUAUAUUAUAUCAGGAAACUGGGUGCAUCAGAAUAUACCGGUACUUAGAAAAGUAAACCAUGUAUCAUCAAAACAGUCUGUUAAAAAGCAGUGGUCACAUUCAGGAACUCAUAUAUCCACAGGAAACCAUGGACAGGAAGGGCUGUUUGGCAGCUCUGCUCAGCGGUCUGUAUUUGGAGAGAGGAAUUUUAAUGUGCACAGUGCUGUCACCACUGACAACACCACUUUAAAAGCAGUAAAACCAUCCAAAAUGCUAGAUGUAACAACAAGAAAGCUGGCAACAAGAAAGACUGUUUCUGCAAAAAGCACAAGUAGUAGUGUCAAUAAGAAAGCUUCCAGUAUAUGCCAAACAAGCUUGGCCUGCGACUGUUAUGCAAAAGAUCAAGUGUGUAAUAUUUGCCUUGCAAGGACACGACAAGUUGCUCCAAGAGCUGGUACUCCUGGUUUUCGUGCUCCCGAGGUCCUCACAAAAUGUCCCCAUCAAACUACUGCAAUUGACAUGUGGUCUGCAGGCAUCAUCUUUCUUUCUUUACUAAGCGGAAGAUAUCAUUUUUUUAAUGCUGCGGAUGAUAUGAAUGCUUUGGCCCAGAUUAUGACGAUUCGUGGAUCUAAGGAGACAAUACAAGCUUCUAAAUGUUUUGGUAAAAAUUUGCUUUGUAGUAAAGAACUUCCUUCAAAGGACUUAAAAACUCUGUGUGAAGGGUUGAGAAGUGCAGUCCUUCUUCCAAAUGGUGAUCAACAUGACAUACAAAAACAAAGGGCUGCUUUACAAAUGCAGAUAAUGGAAAAUCAAGAUGGAUGGUUUUCACCAGAAUCGUCUAAUAUAACUCAUGCUUCUUCUAUGGUUGCUAGUUGUGUGUCUGCACCUGAUAAUAUGGAUAUUGAACAAUCUAAUCAUAAUGGGUGGGAUAGAGUCCCAAAUGAGGCUUAUCAUCUAUUAGACAGACUUCUUGAUAUGAAUCCAGCAACAAGAAUUACGGCGGAAGAAGCUUUAAUACAUCCACUUUUUAAAAACAUGAGGUAAUGUGUUGUCACCUUCUGCUUGUACUGCCAAGAAUAAGGAAAAUAUUUCAAAUUUUUGUAUUAUAGGUUUAUUUUUAAAUUAUUUAAAUAAAUUCUCAUUUUUGUAA